UUAUUUAUUAUCUCGCAACGGUCACACUUUCGUCUGUCAGAUUUUUUUUACACUUUUGCUUUAUUAAUAGCUCAUAGAAAAUAAUAUAUGUUUAUAUGCAUAUAUUUAUUGCAUUAUUGCAAUAACAUUACAAAAAUUACGGUGAAAAUGACUUAUUUUCGAAUGAAGCUCAACAGAGGCAAACAUUUUCGGGAUAUGCAACGUUGAACGGCAAGUGGGAAAGUGGAGAAAAUUGUGUACAUUGAAAACAUACACAUAGAGAGGAACUGAAUAUUGUAACUUACAAUAAGAUGUGUUCUCCGAUGAUGAAAAGGAACUUAUUUUUUGCCAGCCAAGACUCGUCGUCUCUUGUACAUGGAACAAGGACACAUUUUAGAAUGUGACGACACGAUGAAUAUAACUUUUACAUAGUUAGUUGUAUAAAAUUUUUACAGAUCGCUAAACAACUGUCUUAAAUAAGUUGAAAAAAAUAACAAAACAAACAAAUUGUUAGCGGAAUGCCUGAAGAAGGACUAAAGAUUAAAGCACAAAAGAUUAAAAAACAGACAGAAGAAGAACCAUCAACAUGUUGCACCAUAAUAAUCCAGAGCUCUCGAUAAUGUCGAUACCUAUUGAUAACCACGAUAGUCAAUGUCGGAAGAAUACGCAGAGUUUUUAUAGAAUGUCAACAAACCGUAAUCGAAAUCAGACAAUGAAUAAUCAACAACAGCAACCAGCUAUGCAUAGAAAAUCGAUAAGUAAGUGCAAGUUUUCCAAGUCACAUUACUUAAAUGAAAAAACCAAAUCGGAGAAAUCGAACCUCGUAAAAAUGUCGCAAAGUUUUCCUGCCAAAAAAAGAUUAAAACCACGCAACAGCAGAAAUAAAGAUCGAAAACGUUCAUUAUCCGUUGUGAGAAGCAAAAAUAUGAUAAUUCCCUUACCCACUCUGGGGACAACAUCCUUUGUCACCCUGCUCACAUUGAUUUGUAUGGAAACGGUAUUAUUAUCAACCAUGUCCAGUUGCGCCAAGACCUUUUACAUGCAUUGGAAUACAUCGAACAGCAUAUUUCGUAUCGAUAACACCGAUCAUAUAAUCGAUGUGAAUAAAGGCAAUUUGGCAUUUGAAUUCGAUCAGGUGCACAUCAUAUGCCCCGUUUAUGAGCCCGGAACAUUUGAGAAUGAAACGGAGAAAUAUAUAAUAUACAAUGUAUCGAAGGUGGAAUAUGAAACAUGCCGAAUAACGAAUGCCGAUCCGCGUGUAAUAGCUAUAUGUGAUAAACCUCAAAAGUUAAUGUUUUUUACAAUAACUUUCCGGCCAUUUACACCGCAACCAGGUGGUUUGGAGUUCCUUCCUGGAAAUGAUUACUACUUCAUUUCAACUUCAUCAAAGGAUGAUUUAUAUCGUCGAAUUGGCGGUAGAUGCUCUACAAAUAAUAUGAAAGUUGUCUUUAAAGUAUGUUGUGCGGCGAAUGAAGACAAAAAUAAAACUAGCUCGGUCGCUACGUCAUCGGUGGAUGUGGCAGGAGCAGGAUCUGGAGCGGAUAACGCUGGAAACAGCGUCAAUGUCGCAGCCAAUAAUGAAGAGAGUCACCAUGGUCACGGAAUGGUCCACGGCAAUAACAUAGCUAUGGGUAACUCUGGUGGCCUAAUGCCCGCUGGAAAUCCCAUCAAUCCGACGGGCAUUGGCAUAGCCACCACUAUAAAUUCGAAUAUUGAUCAGUUUAAUCGGAUUCCCAUACAACAACCAAAUAUUGUUGGUAACAAUGUGGGCUCCAGUGGAAUUAUAUUAACACCUGGAAACCCUAACCACGGUCUUGGUAGCAUCAAUAUGCUGCAACCGGGACGUGGUGGCAUAAAUAUUGCCUAUCCCGGACAACAUCAUCAUAUUCAAACUGGCAUUCGAAUAAAUAAUGUGCCAACUCAGCAUAACAACAACUAUCCUUUGCUUAAUAAGGGUAUUAUUAACAGCAAUGGAAACAACAAUGACGAUCACAAUCAUUACAACAAACAGCAUCCCAACGAAGUUGUUAAAAAUGAAGAGUUAACCUACAAUAGUGGCGGCUCCUGUCAGUCUCUUUGGAUCAAUUCGACGCUAGUAUUGUGUAUUAUAGCAUUCCUUACCAUUAAUUAUAUGGUGGAGACGACAUUUGCAAGGCCAGCAUGCUGUGCUUUGGAAACAACCCUCUUAAAUAUGAACUUAUAGAGGCAGCUUUGCGGUCAGGAAUUCCCCAGAAGAAGAAUCAAGAACAACUUAAAAGAAGUCGCGUUCAGACAGGAAAAACAAAGCUUUAGAGCGUAAAGCAUCACUGCCGUAUUAACUGAACAGUUGGAACAUAAGAUGAAAACGAUGAACCAUUCCUUAACAAUGGCAUUGUCUAUUAUCUAAAAAGAAUACGAAAAGCUAAAAGGAAAUGUCCAUAAAAAUAAUGAUAGUUGUCGUAAUGCCACGGAUUAUCUCUAUCAUUAGAGAUUAGAGAUACUAAAUAAAAAUGCAAAAAACCUUCAGAAAAAAAUCUCGAAAUCAACCUAACUUAUUUAAAUCCUCGUAGCAAGGGUUUUUUCGACUGAAAUUAUAUAAAAAAUAAUAGUAAUAUUAAUUAUUAUUAAAAAACGCUUAAUGAUAUAUAAAAUUAAGCGCAUUUAAUUAAUUAAGUAAAUCUAAAUAUUAAUAUAAAUGUACUGUAAUUGUUUAGUAUAUAUAUACAUAUAAACAUAAAUCGUGCGUAGAAAUAUUUUGAAUAUGGUAAAGGUGAAAAUUCAAAGAACUCCAACUAUAAGUUUUAUGUUCUAAUUCUUGUUUAUGUUUUUUAUUACAAUUAUUUUGUAAAUGCGAACCAACAGUAUAGCGAAGUGAUUAUUACAAAUUUAAUUAAAAGAAUAUAUGUGUAUAUAACAUAUGACUUAAUAUACAAGAAAUGUUUAGGUGAAACGUUAUAAACUUUGUAAAUUUAAACGACGACACAAACUAAAAUAUUAAAUUCAAACUUAUAUAAAAAAUAAAAUAAAAAAUAGAUUUUUGCGAAAAAAAAACACAAGAGUUAAAAAAUUUAUAUUUACAUAGUCUUAUAUUAGUGAAAAAUAAAAAAAAAAACAUUUCUAUUUAAUGCAACAUUUUGGAAAGAAAAAUACUUAAAAAAAAGUGUACAAAAAUUUUAAUUGAGAAACGAAACACGGUUAUAUAAAUUAUCAAGUUUCUGCUGGUUUUCUUGCAACUCUAAAAUUCAAAAUAAUUAAUUUCGUUAUAUUUAUUUUUUAUAACCUCCAAUAAUAAAAAACCUUUGAGAAUUAUAAAUGCCACACUACGAAUAAAAAACCUGAAACACUAAACCGAAUUUAUAAAAACCGAAAUCUAGAUUCAGUCCUUAAAAAGUAUUGAAUUUUUUCUUCCCCUGGUUUCUUCCCGCUUAAUUUAAAAAGUAGAUUCUAAAGCAACACGCGAAUAUUUCCAUAUACAUAUGUAUGUACAUAUAUUUUUAUGCAGUUAAAAUUUUUAAAUAUAAUUUACUUUAAAGCACCUUCUCCAUGACGCUCUACCCAUCAUCUUCUAGCAUGUUAGGCUUUACAAGCUACUUUUUGAUUUAAAUGGGAAGAUAAAUGAAUAGCAGACCGAAAUUUAACUAAAUUAUACUUAAACACCAACAACCAAUACGAUACAAUACUUACAUACAAAGCAUGCGAUUAUAAUUCAUAACAAUAGAACAGUAAAUUCUUACAGCAAAAUAGUUACAAAGGGCUCGAAAAUAUUAUAGGAUAAAAGCAUAUAACUCGACAAUUACUCAAUUACAUUAAACACAAGGUUUUUUGUGUUCAGACCCCCAUCAGCUGUCUCCUACAUCUCCUACUGUUCACCGAUUUUGUUUUUUUAAAUAAUAAUUGGAGAAUUGCUAUUAUUUAAUUAAAUUUUUUUCUUGAAGGAUACAGUUAGUUUUUAGUUAAUUGAAAACAUUAAAUUCUUAUUUAAUUUUUAAAUACAAAAUUACAUUAAAUAGUACCACAUUUACAAAGCCACAAACUAUAUUGAAAUUAAAAAAAAAGAAAAAAAAAACUUUAUAAUUACACGUUGUGACUCACAGCAUAUUUUGUAUGUUACCGAAAAACACGGAGGGGAAAGAGUAUAAAGUGUAGUUUUUAACAUUAGCUCAGCAUAAAUUAAACUUAUAAAUGUUUAAGGAGUAUUCAUAAGCCAGAUGCAUAUUGACACUAUGUAAAAGCAGAAAACAGCAAAAGUAAUGAUCAUAAAAAUGUAAUAUUUGCAAAUAAAAAAUCGAUUUUGAAUUUAA